GCCAUGGAGCUGCUCCACAGAACCCUUUUGGCGACCAUCGGCGCACUGUCUGUAUUUUACGCCCUGGUAAAGAUUAGUCUGGGCUACUGGAAGCGACGCGGGAUUCUGCACGAGAAGCCAAAGUUUCUUUGGGGAAACCUCAAGGGCGUGGUGCAGGGAAAAAGACAUGCCCAGGAUGCCCUCCACGAGAUAUACUCCAAUUACAAGGGCAGGGCGCCGUUUGUGGGUUUCUUCGCCUGCCUGAAGCCUUUUGUUGUGGCGCUGGACUUGGAACUGGUGCACAACAUUCUUUUCACGGAUGCCGGGCACUUUACCUCGCGAGGUCUCUACAGCAACUCCGAUGGAGAGCCUCUCUCCGGAAACCUACUGCAGUUGGACGGCCACAAAUGGCGUACUCUGCAUGCCAAGUCAGCAGAAGUGUUCACCCCGGCCAACAUACAGAAGCUGUUGCCCCGGCUGGUGCAGAUAUCCGCCGGAAUUCAGAAAGAUCUCUCGUCUGCGAAGCUACAACAGACCCAGAACAUAACCGAUCUGGUGGCUGGCUAUAACGUGAAUGUGCUGGCUUCCAUGGCCUUUGGACUGGGAGACCGAGACCUAGAAGAGUUCUCCCAGUGGACGCACAACUACUGGGGAAAGUUCAGCUUGUGGUGUGCCUACCUGGCCCUCGAGUUUCCCCUCAUCGCUCGCCUGCUGCAGUACAGAAGUUAUGCGGAAGCCGCUACGAACUAUUUUGAAAGGAUAGCCUUGAUGCAGUUGAAGGAGCAGCGAAGCAGGGAUCGCCAACCCUUGCAGACCUUUUUGCAGCUGUACUCCAACGCCUCCCAGCCCCUGAGUGAUGUCCAGAUUGCAGCCCAGGCCUUUGGCUUCCUGGUGGCUGGGUUAACUCCACUCAACGCCACUCUUGGUUUUUGUCUCUAUGAACUGGCCCGGCAACCGGAACUCCAGGAUCGAGUUAGGGCGGAGAUUAAGAAAACACUGGAGCAGCACGAUUCCCAACUGACUGCGGAGUGCCUCAGGGACCUCAAGUAUGCGAAGCAAGUCCUCAAUGAAACGCUUCGCUUGCACACUCCACAUCCCUUCUUGCUGCGCCGGGCCACCAAAGACUUUGAACUUCCCAAAUCCGUUUUCGUCAUAGCUCGGGGAAACAAUGUGCUGAUACCGACGGCGGCCAUUCAUCGGGAUCCUGAUAUAUAUCCAGAGCCUGAGCGAUUCGAUCCGGAUCGUUUCGAGGAAGAGGCCAUGAAUUUGCGGCCAAAGGCAGCUUUUCUGCCCUUCGGCGAUGGACUGCGCGGUUGCAUAGCCAAGAGGUUUGUCGAGCAAGUCCUCCUUGUGGGCGUAGUGGCUCUUCUCCAGCACCACCGAUACACGCCCUGCGCGGAGACCACGAUGCCCAUCGAGUACAACAACCGGAGGCUUCUUCUGACGCCCAAAACAGACAUCAAACUCAAGGUGGAGCGGGUGGAUUAGCUAUGUAUUUCGUUUUUAUUGUGGUAUUGUUUUUGUACAAAACGUUUGUUUUUAUAUUUAUAUAUUUAUGCACUUUAUGCUUGGUUCCCUCAAACUGGACUUGUGUGAUAGUGCUGUCGAUGACUGUAAUCUACUGCACCAAGAUCAAGAAUAUGAAUAAAUUACACUAAUUGUUAAUUGCA